AUGAGAAUCAAGAUGCCAGCUGUACGCAUCGCGCAAGAGCUAACAGAAUCAAUUUUUCUAGCGGAUGCGGACAGCGCGGCAGAAGGAGGAGGCUCUUCGUGCUUGCCAGCGGAUACGCUGACAUGUGGAGCCUGCAGGAAGGCUUUCGCGCUGGCCGAUAUAGUGCGCUUCAUUCAGCACAAAGUCUCCUCUUGCGAUAAAGACCUCACUUCAUACCACUGCUAUAGUGGAGGUCCAAACUCGGACCAAGAAGAUGGAACUCGACCAGGACAAAUUGCUUCUGGCAACACCAGUGGGCGAAGACCCUCACUCCUCACAGCAAGGCGACCUCCCAACAGUAGAGUGCAUACUCCUCCUCUGGCCAGCCCUUCAAUUGCUCCACCAGAUUUACUUGAGGAUGGUGGGGCAUCAAGUACUCCUAAGCGGCUGUUGGAUGAAGCUGACGCAGGAGUAUCGACUCCGAAACGAAGAGCAUCUACUUCACCGAUGCCUUCGAGCUCACCAGAUGAAGAUAUUAAACCCAAAAUUAAACAAGAGCACAUGGACACAACCAGCUCACCUGAAGAUCAUAAGAAGUCAAGAACCGAAAUGGCUGAUGCUGAAUCUAAUACCAUGCAUAGUGAGCCGAGCAACUACGUCUGUUCAACGUGCAAAGCGCGAGUACACUCUGCAUGGAGACUGGUCCAGCACGUUCAGCACGUGCAUGGCGUAAAAAUUUACGUCGAGAGCAUGCCUCAGCAACUACCGAAUAAACAGAAUCAUUCGUCAUCGAGCACGUCUUCAUCAAGCUCUGGUUGUUCUUCUACUGGUGCUCCAUUACCGCCACCGUCACUACGACAUCAUCCUUUACUGCCCCCACCAGACAUGCACUCUCCUUUUGGUGUGGGAGGUUUAUUGAGGAUGCCACUGCCGGGUAGCUUACCCCCACUAGCUCAUCCUUCAGUACCACCGACACCUUUGUUUGCAAGACCAAAUCAUCACGAUCAUAGAUUUAGAAUGGAACAACUCGUGUCAGAGCAAUUUCGCCAUCACGGACUCAACUUGGCAGCAGCGGCCGCCGCUGUGGCAGCAAAUUCUCUGCCACCACACCAGGCAUUUCCGUCACCAGCCGAUAGACCACCUAUCGUUCCAACAUCUUUAACAGGACGUGAUAGGCCACCCGUAUCACAACCUCUUUCUCUAGAACCCCAGCUGGAUUUUUACUCGCAGCGCUUGCGGCAACUGGCCGGUACGACCAGUCCAGGGGCGGCCACAGGCAAUUCGAGCUCUCCUAGCCCCAGGAAGCAUUCACCGCCGUUCGCUUCCCCGUCGCCCUCCCGAGUCGGUCAGACUCCACCGGUGGGCGCCGGACCCGGAACGGUGGACACUCCUCGAGAAGCUAUAAGAGCUCAGAGUUCCAUAUCACCAGAAAGACGGAAUGAACCUCAAACAGCUGACGCACCACCUUCAGAUAGGCCGUCUUCCACACCACCUACAAAGAGAAACAAUGACGAAGCCAUUCAUACAUGUGAAUUCUGUGGGAAGAAAUUCCGUUUUGAAAAUAGCUUAAUAGCUCACCGACGCAUUCAUACUGGAGAAAAACCUUUUAAAUGUAAUCAAUGCGAUGAAACAUUUGAGAAAAAUUCAAAAUUAAAAAAGCACAUGAAAGCUCAUCGAGCAGCUGAAGGCAAUACUGAAGACUUAGAAUCCGGGGGAGACACUGGUGAAGAUGAUUCUGAAGAUGACUUAGAUGAUGAGGAAUUAGAAGGUGAAGAAGAAGAAGAAAAUGAGGACGGAGAAGAGGUUGAAGAAGCUGAAGAUCUUACCGUAUCUAACCAUAGUGCUCCUUCAGCGCCCCCACGAAAGCAAACUCCAGCGAUACCUGCACAUCCACCUACUGCAUCCGUAGUUGGAGAACUCAUGGAUAAAUUUGGAUUAUCUAAUAUUGCACAAUAUAGUGAAGCUUUUAAACAAGCUUUGCAAGAAUCUGGUAAUUCUUUAAAAUGGCAAUUGGCUAAAGACCGUGAUAACAACAAUGGUCCUCCUUCUGAAAAACCUAACGGUAUGCCACCAACAGCGGCUCUUCGCUUAAAAGAGGAGUUUGCCAAAAUGCCACCUCAGCCGCAUCCAUUAUUUAACCCUUUUGAGAACCCCUUUGAAGCCUCUAAAAGGAUGAAACUAGAUAUGGACAGGGGUGAAGGUUGGUGGCUACCAACAUUACAUGCUCAGCGGCCACCAGAUAAUAUUUUUGACGGUCUAAAGAACAGCAGUAAUGGUUUAUUACAGAAUCCAUUAUUAAAAUCAAAAGAUGGCCGCCGUAAUGAUACGUGUGAAUUCUGCGGAAAGGUAUUCAAAAACUGCUCUAAUUUAACUGUCCAUCGGAGAUCGCAUACCGGAGAAAAGCCAUAUAAAUGUGAACUGUGUUCCUACGCAUGUGCACAGAGUUCUAAACUAACGAGGCAUAUGAAAACUCACGGCCGGCUUGGGAAGGACGUGUACCGUUGCCGCUUCUGUGAGAUGCCAUUCUCUGUGCCAUCUACCCUGGAGAAGCAUAUGCGAAAGUGUGUUGUGAAUCAAAGUAAUGGUGCUUCUCUCGCUUUAUCCGAUGAUUCGAACGCAUGUCGUGAUGAGGCUUCGUGA